AUGAAAUACGAGCUUGUAAGUUCGACAAGGGGAGCGAACGGUUCUGCCACCAACAGUUCCUCAAUAAGAAGCAGAGUGAGUUGCCAAAGCUUCAAAGGAAAAAGAAAGGUGACACAUCCAUGUGUUAAGAGAAUUGUGAAAACCUACCACGCUGCCCUAAAUGAAAUUGUGACUGAAUAUAAAUGUUGGAAAUCUUCGUUCUACUGUCCUCAAACGUCAAGUGGAUUGUAUCGUUGUGAGCCUGUCAUGGAGUUUCAUCCGGGUCUUGACAAGACCCUGACUGUUGGAUGCAGGUGUAAGCCGUGAUUCGAGUUUAUAGUUGUAAGAACACUCAGUUAUGUAAUAACUAGGUACCGUAAAAGAUCGAUUAAGCGCCGCGGCACCUAUUUUAUUUUCCCUGUUAUAGGUGCGGUGCUAAUACGAGAGCGGCGCUUAUUUCAACUACGGGUAAAACAGUGAGAGAAUUAUAGAGAGAAUUAAGUGAGGCGCGUACUAGGUAUGUACAAUUUAAUAAAAAAUAUGUACACAUCGAACAUAUAUUAUAUGAACCCAGUUUCAAGAGACUUUCCAACUCACGAGUUGGUGGAGGUCUUGUUUCUCAAGCAGUAUGGUUUUGAUUUCUCUUUUUAUUGUAUAGUUAGUGAUGAAAUACCAGGAUUUUUCCUUUUACUAAAAAAUCAUAUCUUCAUCGCGCGCAGUGAAGAUACCAUGUUUAUCUUUCACGUGUAAGGAUUUUAGUGUCGCCAUGGUUACUAAUAUGAUUUGAAUUUGAUUUUUGAUUUUGAAACAGAAAAUAUAAGUAUUGUCUUUAUUUCUCCUUUACAACUUUAUAUCCGAGUUUCAUAACAUUUUCGUGACAGGCAUUUUGCGAUAGGUCACCACUUUAAUUGCACUAUUUUGCUGUUUCGAAAAUGAAUUUUUAAAAAAGUUGUGUUUUAUGUAGGAAUUUCAUCAGUAUCUAUAAAAUAAACAGAACAUUACAUGGCCGCUUGGGGAUACGAAUUUUAUCUUCUCGUGCUGAAAGUAUCUGUCACUCGUUCGCUUCGCUCACUUGUGAGAGAUACUUUCAGCACGAGAAGAUAAAAAUCGUAUCCCCGCGCGGCCAUGUAAUAUGCUCUAUAUAUCAAGCGCGGUUACAAAGUUAGGGCGUUAAUUUGUAAAUACCGUAUUUAUUCGAUUAACCGCCCUGGGCGCUUAUUAAAUUUUUGGACCUUGAGAGUGGGCGCUUAUUCGAGGCUGGGCGCUUAUUGAAUUUUCACCAUUUUCAGAAAGUGAAGUAUGUUUAUUUUGCAACAAAACAAUAAAUGCUAAUGACAAAACGCGAAGAAGUAACAAAGCAAGGUUUCUGUAAAAUACUCUGAAGAAAACUCCGUUCUCUGGGAAGUCUCUUAUUAGAAUUUAUUCACUCAAGUGGGUGGGGUGGGGGUGAACGUUUAUUUGAGUUUGAUUGAGAAGGGGAGAGGGUGGGCGCUUAUUCGAGGCUGGGCGCUUAUUAACUUUUUCAACCUUUAGGAUGGGCGUUUAUUCGAGGUGGGUGCUAAUUCGAGGUUGGGCGCUUAUUCGAAUAAAUACGGUACCCAGAUUAGCGCCGCAGCACAUAUUCGAGAGCGGCGCUUAUGAAAUUAUUUUCGGUACAGGUGCGGCGCUUAUUCGAGAAGCGGCGCUUUAUCGAUCGUUUACGGUAUAGUACAGGAUUAUCUGCAAAUGUAAAUGUCGGCCUAGCCUCUCCACAGACGUUUUUUAUUUUAAAACCUCUACCGCCACCAACACUUCAAACCUUGCGCUUGCGGUAAAUAAAUCCCCCUUUUUUUUUUUUUCUACGCGCACUCAACGAUCUCGAAAAAGAAAAUAGACUGUCUGUGAGCUGGCUUAUACGAGCCUCAAUCGUUUCAUGUAAGAACACUUUAGAAAGAUGCGAUCGCAGUCACUUUUUUGGCACUUCAAUUGCAAAUGUACGCCACAGGCCUGUAAGGCUGCGUGCAAACGGACGCAACAUUGUUGACCAACAUUGUUGGAUGUUACAUGUUGCGUCCGUUUGCACAUCCUGUUGCAUGUUGUUGGAUGUUAAGCGUUGUUGCGUGUUGUUGCGCAAAGUUUGAAACCGGUCAAACUUUUAACCCCGUGCAAACGGACGCAACAUUGUUGGCUUACAACUCUCCAACAUUGUGGAAGCCGUCAGCAGCUUUAUGGUUGUAAGUUUAAAGGCGGACAUGUAAUGUUUCCACUUUAACUUUUUAAGUUUCCCUAGUCUUGAUUCGGGAAUCAAUCACCAGCUCAAUUCCCCUAACUAUGGAUGUAGAGUUAGUUUGAAUUAAUACAUGGUGCAACUGAGACUCUUCAAGAAAAGUAGAUGUUUUUAUUGGAAUGUUUACUUAAAAAAUCUCGAAAUUUAGAACCAACUUGAAUGUAAAUUGCUCAACAUCUUGCGGUUAUUGCUCAGACUCAAAAGCUUAAACCAAUUUAGGGAGCGUCGAUAGACAUUGCCAUAGUGAAAGUGAAUAAUGAUUAGUUUCCGUCCAGUUUUAUAUUUUCUUGAUGGCCUUUUUCAGGCUCCAAGAUGGUAAUGUGCAGUUCGCGCGGGUCUUAUUUUCCCUGGUUUGUCAGUAUUUUCGCCUACUAUCUGAGAGCCUGGCAAAGGCUAGUGCGACUGCUAAUUUGCUAGUAACCAAAGUUUUAAAUAAGAUAACAUAUAGGCCCUCCCUUACAGAAGGCAAUUUAAGGGAAAAUUUGUGUUGCAGAAUUCUUUUAACCCCGCUCCACUUGAUUUGUUUGAACCAGCGGAGCGGGGUCAAUUUAUAACCAAAGUCGUCUUUUCAUUUCCUCCUUUCCAGGUAAUUCAAGGAGUUUCAUUUUUGCAAUGCAAAUGUUAUGCAGAAAUGCACAACAAUAAAACCCAUCGACCGCGCGAUUAACUUAAGACAUAAUACAUGACAUAAUCUCUAUGAAAGACCUACCAGUUUCGAUGUAAUCUUCCGGAUCGCAGUCGAUUGCCUCAAUGUUUUUAGGACGAUCAAGACUAUCCGACCUACUUUAUGCGAACUAAAGUCUAUGUAGACCUCGAUUCUAAUGUAUCCAGUCGAUUGCGAUCGCCGCAAUUAUACGGAUUGUCCCGCAUUCAUAGUUGUUGCUGUUGUUUUAUCUUGACGCUUUGCACAGCAAGAACUCUAGUAGUAAGAUCAAAUUUCGAAUUAUUCCUCUGAAACUUAGGGCGCUUUUCAUUUACCAACAGACUCCGAUACCAGUUUCAGGCGUUCGGGGCCAUUUUUCGGUAUCAAAGAGGAACUGAUUUGUGCAAAUGAUAAACGCGAUUCCGGGAAGAAAUUUGUCAGCCCUGAAUUUUGCUUUCCAUUUGCUCAAACCGUGAACCGACCAGUUUUUUCAAUGGAAAGCGCCCUAAAAAAACUUUUUCCUGUACCUUCUAGACCGCUUUCAUUCCCCUUAUCGGUGUGAUUGUCGAGAUUGACGGCCGCUGUUUUAUGGUGAGCAAAUGGCACUCUUUUGUAAGUUUUCGCUUACCAUAAGAAACAACGCCUAGUAGCGCUCUCCAACUCGCUGAUAGACCUCGAAAUAGAGGACUGUGAACAGUUUGUGUACCAUCUUAAUUCUUUCUGUUUACCUUUUCAGGUACUUUGACAGAGGAAUACACGGCUGGAUGACAAGGUUUGGCUUGACUUAUGUUUAAAUCCUUGUGGUCAGCGUCACGGGUCAAGGUCCUAGCCAAAAGACUAGUAGUUCUGAGUUCUGGGGACGAGAAUGAAUUUAACUCUGUAGUGGCUCAGCGGAUGCUUAGGGGGAGUGGGUGGGGGUCUCGUCACAAGUUCACGAACGACAAUUUUGCGUUUCACGAGUCAACAAACAAAUAGUGUAUUGAUCUCGGCCACCUGUAUGGGUGAUCUCUGCGUGGCUUUAAAUUUCCUAGGAAAGCCAGCUGUAGGUGGGUCUGAAAGCACUGAAGUUACAUUAAACUGAAACCCUCAAAAGUGAAGUUAAAUCAAGCCGCCAGAUGGUUCUUUUGGCCAAAUUAAUGAUUUAAUUUCUUCAAUUCAUCUUCAAUGUACGUGUACAGUAUAGAGAAUUUUGGCAGUUCACGUUUCAUGGAGUGCACCUCAAUCACGAUUCACAGAGCAGUUUCUCAGUACAUCACGAUUCACGGACACCAAAAAUGGUCGAUCACGGCUUCACGAAAAUAAGCUUGCCCCCUCUGCUCUGUGUAGUUUAAAGCAAAAUCGCUAAGGGUUGCCACACUCAGGGUAAUGUCAUAAAAAGACCUUUUCUGCGAGGUCAGGAAAAAGACCGUUUUUUGGAAAUCUCACGUUAAACUCAGUUUCUCCUAAUACAAAGGUUGUCAAAAGUCAGAAUUUUAUUUUCGGAUUGCCACAAGAUUUCGUAACAUAGUAAACAUAUUUUCAUCCGAAAAUAAUCUUAUUUGACUAGUCUAUUUUGAUAAUCCAAAUCCUGCCAAAAAGCUAGAUUUCGAUGAAAAAUUGUUCACAGGUCAACAAAAAAUCAGCCUCUUUUUGGCUUCAGAUCAGACUGCAAACUAGUCCGUCUUUUUGCGUGGGUCAAGAACGCACGUGCGAGACUUAAACAUCGGCGCUUUGCGCCGUGAAAAACCAAUUUUGAAAAAAACUCGACUGUUUUGCAGUCUAAGAUAGUACGCUAGCAAGCUCCAUGCGAGGACCAGGAUAGCCUGUUCAGCUCGCGUACUAACCUAGAAAUAAAAUAUCUUUUUAUUGGUUUUAGGUAUAUCUACAUUCCCAUGGGAGGGUCCCGCAAGGGCGUCAUUCGUCAGCUCACCGGCUCGUUUCUAUCGUUUGCGUUUAUAUGGCAGUGGCAUGGAGGUCACCUGUACGCGCUUUGGUGGUUCAUUCCUAAUUGGCUUGGUGUAGUGGUAGAGAGCGCAGCAGGAAAGGUGUUGGCGCAGCCGUCUGUAAAGCGUAUGGAGGUUGGUGUUAGGGACCGGUCAUUAUUUAUCGUCUGGGGGUGGACGAGAAUGAAUUUAACUCUGUAGUGGCUCAGCGGAUGCUUAGGGGGAGUGGGUGGGGGUCUCGUCACAAGUUCACGAACGACAAUUUUGCGUUUCACGAGUCAACAAACAAAUAGUGUAUUUGAUCUCGGCCACCUGUAUGGGUGAUCUCUGCGUGGCUUUAAAUUCCCUAGGAAAGCCAGCUGUAAGUGGGUCUGAAAGCACUGAAGUUACAUUAAACUGAAAGACUCAAAAGUGAAGUUAAAUCACGCGCGCUGCCAGAUGGCUCUUUUGGCCAAAUUAAUGAUUUAAUUUCUUCAAUUCAUCUUCAAUGAACGUGUACAGUAUAGA